AAAGGGAGUGAAAUACACCAGCCUUGCCUGAAUAUAAUCAGCCACACACCAUGGUUUUCCUUCCUGGAAAUGCAUCUGAUUGCUCCAACUGCACUCACUCUGUGGAGCCUGUGAACAUUUCAAGGGCCAUUUUACUAGGCAUUAUUCUAGGAGGGCUGAUUAUUUUUGGGGUAUUGGGUAACAUUCUGGUUAUCCUCUCUGUAGCCUGCCACAGACAUCUUCAGAGUGUUACCCACUACUAUAUAAUCAACCUAGCUAUAGCUGACCUCCUCUUGACUUCCACUGUCCUGCCUUUCUCAGCUACCAUGGAGAUUUUGGGCUACUGGGCCUUCGGAAGGAUCUUCUGCAACAUCUGGGCAGCUGUCGAUGUCCUUUGCUGCACUGCUUCCAUUAUGGGCCUCUGUAUCAUCUCGAUAGACAGAUACAUCGGAGUGAGCUACCCACUGAGAUACCCCAGUAUAGUGACAAAGAAAAGAGGACUCCUGGCUUUGUUUUGUGUUUGGGCAUUGUCUCUGGUGAUAUCGAUUGGACCUCUUUUUGGCUGGAAGGAACCAGCACCAGAAGAUGAGAGCAUUUGUCAGAUCACUGAAGAGCCCGGCUACGUGCUGUUCUCUGCUCUGGGCUCCUUCUACCUCCCCUUGGCUAUCAUCUUGGUGAUGUACUGCCGAGUGUAUGUAGUGGCCAGAAGGGAAAGCAGAGGCCUGACUUCUGGCCUGAAGACUGAGAAAUCUCAUUCUGAAGAAGUGACUCUACGGAUCCAUCGUAAAAAUGCUCCUGAAGCAAGUAGGUCUGCAUCUAACUCCAAGAGCAAGCAUCAUUUCUCAGUGCGCCUUCUCAAAUUCUCCAGGGAAAAGAAAGCUGCCAAGACCCUGGGAAUAGUUGUAGGAUGUUUUAUUUUGUGCUGGCUUCCGUUUUUUGUGGUAAUGCCUAUUGGUUCUUUCUUUCCUGCAAUCAAACCCCCGGACACACUUUUUAAAAUAACAUUUUGGCUUGGCUAUUUAAACAGCUGCAUCAACCCCAUAAUCUACCCGUGCUCAAGUCAAGAGUUUAAGAAGGCGUUCCAAAAUGUGCUCAGAGCCCCGUGUCUUCCAAGAAAGCAAACAACAAAGAAGCAAUCCCCAAAUUUCAACAUCAACCACCCCGCUAGCCAAAGCGUGGAGCGUCACAAAGGUGUGGUCCGUAUCCCUGUUGGCUCGGGCGAAACCUUCUAUAGGAUUUCCAAGUCCGAUGGGGUCUGUGAAUGGAAGCUGUUCUCUACUGCGCAAAGCAUGCCGACAAAACGUGCUGACAAAUCUAGCUGUGCUGCUGCCAAAGUGAAAAGCAAAGGUUUCCUACAGGAAUGCUGCUGUGCAGGCACUUCAGGAAAUAUUCUCCAGGAAAAUCGUGAAGUGCCAACCAUUAAAAUACAUACCAUCUCCCUCAGUGAAAAUGGGGAGGACGUCUAGAGG